GGUGGGGGCAAGGGAGGAGAAACUCGCCGGGAGAUCCCUAAACCGCAGCCUCACACAAAACCUUCGCAUCUUAUCUCCAUUGGUUGACUUCACCAUCAGAUUCUCCAUAAUUGAUCCGGACCAUGCCUCCGAGAUGUCGUUUUCUCCGCCAUAUAUUCUUCUUACUACUGUUACUCUCACCAUGGAUCAUGUCUCCUUGCGGCGGCGCUGCCGACGAUGUGACGUAUCCUAUCGUGCCAUCUAGUCCUGGCCGCAGAACGAUUUUGCAGAUUCGUCAUGAGCCCAAUACGAACUUUGAUGUUGAUCCGGCUGGGAAAGUGUUUUUAAAGCAGCAAUCACCAGCGCAGACAAUUUGGUCCUUUUCAACAGGAUCACCAAUGCAUUCGUUAUAUCAGGCUCCUCUGAGUGCUAAUAACAACACAGAAAAUGCUACUGAGAUAAGUCGUCCGCACAUAAUAGUAGAAUAUCUGAACAACUCAAAGGCGGCUUCAACGGUCGAUGGCUAUCAUAAUUGGACAGUUCAGGACUUUUUUAGGCAGAGGCCACUUGUGACGGAUGAUGGUGUGACUCUUGGGUCAGAAACAACUACUGCCUAUUUGCUUGAUGGUAGAUCAGGGAGGCUUAUUCAUGUUUACAAAUCAACCGGAGAUACUAAAAUUACUAAUGCUAUGGUGAAGCCCGCUAGCACUGAAGAUUUUGUGAAUGAACCGCUUCUUAUCAGGCGAACAGAUUCCAAACUAGAGCAUUUUAGUAAAACCACUGGAAAGCUUGUGUGGAAUUUGACGGUUUCUCACUUCAGAGCUUCUUUACUAUGUGAUCCAGUUUUCAAUUCAGGCUAUGAUCUCGGUCCUAAACUUCAAACUGGAAUUUAUAUGCCAUUGUUAUGUGGAUCACAAAUCGACAUUCGUGGCCCAGAAAUUGUUAUUAGGGUGCACCAUGAUCAGCCAAUGAAUGUGAAAAUGCUACCUUCCCCUUCCCAAAAUCACUUAGAGAGCGAAAACAGCAUCAUGCCUUUUGGAAAAGCCAGAGAAUCAAGGAAGUUACAAGAGCAACGUGGGCACAAAUAUACAUAUGUGUUUGGACAAUGGUCACCAGUAAAGUUAUUGGCCCCUUUAGUGCUUCUGGGUGUUGUUGUCUCUGUUUUCAUUAAAAAGUUUUCGUCGAGGGGCAGUGAUGUUAGUUCGAAAUCUGUACCUUCCAAAAAGAAGAAGAACCGUAAAUCAGGGAAGGAUGCAAAUAGGCAGUCAGUUCCUCGUGGCCAGGAUCAAUUCGAGCUCAUUGAAGGAGGUCAAAUGUUACUAGGCUUCAAUAACUUUCCAAGUGGUGCAACUGAUGGGCGAAAGAUCGGUAAGUUGUUUCUGUCAAGUAAAGAAAUUGCAAAGGGAAGUAACGGUACUGUGGUGUUCGAGGGUAUUUACGAAGGUCGGCCUGUAGCGGUAAAACGCAUUGUUCGAUCUCAUCAUGAGGUUGCUUUCAAGGAGAUUCAAAACCUCAUUGCAUCAGACCAACACCCAAACAUCAUUCGGUGGUAUGGUGUGGAGUAUGAUCAAGAUUUUGUAUACCUUUCUCUAGAGCGUUGCACGUGCAGUUUAGAUGAUCUAAUCAAAUCCUAUUUAGAGUUUUCUGUGACAAAAAUAUUGGGAAACAACGAUUCUACUGAAGGUGUGGCUGCUUAUAAGAUCCAACUUGAUUCUUUGGAGGGAGUUAUCAAAGGAACCAACUUUUGGAAAGUGGGGGGCCACCCGUCACCUCUCAUGCUUAAACUAAUGAGUGAUAUAGUUUGUGGGAUCGUCCACUUACACGAAUUGGGAAUAGUUCAUCGGGACUUGAAGCCACAAAAUGUGUUAAUUAGUAAAGAGAUGACUUUGAGUGCAAAACUUUCAGAUAUGGGCAUUAGCAAGCGUAUGUCCAGAGAUAUGUCAUCAUUGGGUCACCUUGCCACAGGUUCUGGUAGUUCUGGUUGGCAAGCUCCAGAGCAGCUUCUACAUGGUCGUCAAACUCGUGCAGUGGACAUGUUUAGUUUAGGUUGUCUCAUCUUUUACACGAUAACCGGUUGUAAGCAUCCAUUUGGAGAUGAUCUUGAACGAGAUGUCAAUAUUGUGAAGAACAAAGUCGACCUAUUUCUAGUAGAACACGUUCCUGAAGCUUCAGACCUCAUAUCCCGUUUGUUGAACCCAGACCCUGAUUUACGUCCUAGCGCAACCGAAGUGCUACUUCAUCCUAUGUUUUGGAACUCGGAGAUGAGACUAUCUUUCCUUCGAGAUGCUAGUGACCGAGUUGAGCUUGAAAAUAGAGAAGCUGAUUCUGAAAUCUUGAAAGCAAUGGAGAGUACAGCUCCAGUGGCUAUAGGAGGGAAAUGGGAUGAAAAGCUAGAACCUGUUUUCAUCACAAACAUCGGGCGCUACAGGCGUUACAAAUACGACAGCAUUCGUGACUUGUUACGAGUCAUCAGGAACAAACUGAAUCAUUAUCGAGAACUUCCUCCGGAAAUUCAGGAACUUGUCGGAACAGUUCCAGAAGGAUUCGACGAGUACUUUGCUGUACGGUUUCCGAAAUUGUUGAUUGAAGUCUAUAGAGUCAUCUCUCUGUACUGCAGGGAAGAAGAAGUAUUCAAAAACGAUGAUCAUAUCGUCCGUCUCAUUCUAGACCAGAAAUCAGCUUCUGGAGCUUUGGAAACUUUUCGAUGGGCAUCGACUUUUCCUGGGUUUGUCCAUUCUCGUUCUACUUAUCGUGCUCUGUUUCAUAAGCUUUGUGUUUUCCGACGUUUUGAUACUGUCUACCAACUGCUCGACGAAAUGCCUGAGUCAAUCGGUUUGCCUCCGGAUGAUGCUAUCUUCGUAACUAUCAUUAGAGGGUUUGGGCGUGCUCGGUUGACCAAACGUGUGAUUAGUGUUGUUGAUCUGGUUUCGAAAUUUGGGAUCAAACCAUCUUUGAAAGUUUUCAAUUCGAUUUUGGAUGUUUUGGUCAAGGAAGAUAUUGACAUAGCUAGAGAGUUUUUUAGAAGGAAGAUGAUGGCUAGUGGGAUUCAUGGUGAUGAGUAUACAUAUGGGAUUUUGAUGAAAGGGCUUUGCUUGACGAAUAGGAUUGGUGAUGGUUUUAAGCUCCUUCAAAUCAUGAAGACAAGCGGUGUGGCUCCAAACACUGUGGUAUAUAACACCUUGCUUCAUGCUCUUUGUAAGAAUGGGAAAGUUGGGAGAGCCAGGAGUUUAAUGAGUGAAAUGAAGGAACCAAAUGAUGUAACUUUCAACAUCUUGAUAUCUGCUUACUGCAACGAGCAGAAGUUGAUUCAGUCGAUGGUGUUGCUGGAGAAAUGUUUUAGUUUGGGUCUUGUUCCGGAUGUUGUGACGGUAACUAAGGUGAUGGAAGCGCUCUGCAAUGAAGGCCGUGUGUCUGAGGCACUCGAGGUUUUAGAGAGAGUGGAAAGCAAAGGAGGUAACGUCGAUGUUGUAGCUUGUAACACCUUGGUUAAGGGGUAUUGUGCGCUAGGGAAGAUGAGAGUUGCUCAACGCUUCUUUGAAGAGAUGGAGAGAAGGGGUUACUUGCCCAAUGUGGAAACAUACAACUUGUUAAUUGCUGGGUUUUGUGAUGUCGGAAUGUUGGAUUCAGCUCUGGACACUUUCAAUGAUAUGAAAACGGAUGCGAUUAGAUGGAACUUUGCUACAUUUAACACGUUGAUCAGAGGGCUUUCAGAAGGAGGGAGGACAGACGAUGGUUUAAAGAUAUUAGAACUGAUGCAGGACAGUGAAACCGUUCAUGGGGCCAGAAUCGAUCCGUACAACAGUGUUAUUUAUGGCUUUUACAAGGAAAACCGUAGGGAGGACGCUCUCGAAUUCCUGUUAAAGAUGGAGAAACUUUUUCCAAGGGCAGUUGACAGGAGCUUUAAGUUGAUAAGUUUAUGCGAGAAAGGCGGUAUGGAUGAUGUAAAGACGGCCUAUGAUCAGAUGAUUGGAGAAGGAGGAGUUCCUAGUGUUAUAGUAUCCCAUUGCUUGAUUCAUAGAUAUAGCCAAGAAGGCAACAUAGAAGAAACACUUGAGCUUAUUAACGACAUGGUCACCAGAGGCUAUUUGCCUCGAUCAUCAACAUUCAAUGCUGUGAUUAUCGGUUUCUGUAAGCAAGAUAAAGUCAUUAAUGGUAUCAAAUUUGUGGAGGACAUGGCUGAAAGAGGUUGUGUUCCUGAUAGAGAAAGCUACAAUCCGUUGCUCGAAGAAUUGUGCGGAAAGGGUGAUUUUCAGAAGGCUUGGUUGACAUUCUCACGAAUGGUGGAGAAGAGUAUUGUACCUGAUUCUUCUAUGUGGAGUUCACUGAUGCUUGGUGAGCUCGAACUUGAGGCCUUGAUAAUGAAUCUGCAACAAAUACAAAGAUGGCUCCAAGCUGGCAAGCAGAGAGAGCAAGAUGGUUCUUUUGCUUCUUUUGAAAACAGAGAUAUGUCGUGUUCAUCCUCAUCUGGAUCAGAGGAAGACGAUGAGGGUUUCGAUGCUUACCGUAAAGGUGGAUAUCACGCCGUUAGAAUCGGAGACCAGUUUGCCGGUGGCCGUUACAUUGCUCAGAGAAAGCUUGGUUGGGGCCAAUUCUCCACCGUUUGGCUUGCCUAUGAUACUCGCACUUCUAAUUAUGUUGCUUUGAAGAUUCAGAAGAGCGCCUUACAGUUUGCUCAAGCUGCACUUCAUGAAAUCGAACUUCUUCAAGCUGCUGCUGAUGGGGAUCCUGCAAAUACCAAGUGCGUUAUUCGUCUUAUUGAUGACUUCAAGCACGCAGGUCCCAAUGGGCAGCAUUUAUGCAUGGUGCUCGAGUUUCUUGGCGAUAGCUUGCUGCGUUUGAUAAAAUAUAACCGUUAUAAAGGGAUGGAAUUGAGUAAAGUGCGGGAGAUAUGCAAAUGUAUACUGACGGGUCUAGAUUAUUUGCAUCGUGAACUCGGUAUGAUUCACUCCGACUUAAAACCCGAAAACAUUCUUCUUUGUUCCACCAUUGACCCUGCCAAGGAUCCCAUCAGAUCUGGACUAACACCAAUACUAGAAAAGCCUGAGGGGAACCAAAACGGUACAUCAACAAUGAAUCUGAUUGAGAAGAAGUUGAAGAGGCGAGCAAAAAAGGCGGCUGCUAAAAUAUCAGGACGAAGAGUUUCGAUAGUAGGUUUAAGUGAAACACCGAAAAAGAACAAGAGAAAUUUGGAUGGUAUUGAUAUGAGAUGCAAAGUUGUCGACUUUGGGAACGGAUGUUGGGCUGAUAAGAAAUUUGCAGAAGAGAUACAAACAAGACAGUACAGAGCUCCUGAAGUAAUACUUCAGUCAGGUUACUCUUACUCUGUUGAUAUGUGGUCUUUCGCUUGUACUGCUUUUGAGCUUGCUACAGGCGAUAUGCUUUUCGCUCCAAAAGAGGGAAAUGGUUACGGAGAAGACGAGGACCACCUUGCUCUUAUGAUGGAACUCUUAGGAAAAAUGCCUCGAAAGAUUGCCAUUGGAGGUGCGAGAUCAAAGGAUUACUUUGACAGACACGGCGACUUGAAGAGGAUCCGGAGAUUAAAAUACUGGCCACUCGACCGUUUACUGAUUGAUAAAUACAAGCUUCCAGAAGCAGAAGCACGGGAAUUUGCUGAAUUUCUCUGCCCGAUUAUGGAUUUUGCACCUGAGAAACGACCAACUGCUCAACAAUGUCUGCAACAUCCAUGGUUGAAUCUCAGGACACAGAACAAUGAAGAUCAAAUAGAAGGUCAAAUGAGUAACAUGCAGAUCAAAGAUACAAGCGUCCAUGGUGGAUUCUCUGUUCCGAGAAAACUUGCCAUUGAAUGUUUCCCUCCGCUGGAUAUGUCUCAGCCUCUACCGGCACAAGAACUUCUUACUAUAGAUCUCCAUGGGAAUCAAUGGAGAUUCAAACACAGCUACAAAGGUACACCGCGAAGACAUUUGUUAACAUCAGGUUGGAAUGCAUUCACAACAUCAAAAAAAUUGGUUGCAGGAAAUGUUAUUGUAUUCCUUAGGGGAGAGACUGGAGAGUUACGAGUUGGUAUCAGACGAGCGGGACAUCAACAAAAGAACAUACAUUCAUCACUAAUAUCAAUAGAUAGUAUGAGACAUGGAGUAAUUGCUUCCGCAGUGCAUGCUUUUAAUAACCAAUGUAUGUUCAUUGUGGUUUACAAGCCAAGGUCAAGUCAAUUUAUUGUCAGUUACAACAAAUUCGUAGACGCUGUGAACAAUAAGUUCAAUGUCGGUUCAAGAUUUACAAUGCGGUUUGAGGGUGAAGAUUUCUCUGAAAGAAGAUAUUCUGGGACAAUUAUUGGAGUUAAUGAUUUCUCCCCUCAUUGGAUGGACUCAGAAUGGCGAAGCUUAGAAGUGAAGUGGGAUGAAUUUGCAUCAUUUCCAAGACCUGAUAAAGUUUCACCAUGGGAUAUCGAACAUUUAACGCCUUCGUUAAAUGUUCUCCGGCCAUCUUUGCUCAAGAACAAGCGUUCCCGAGAAGUUAAUGAAAUCGGUUCAACAUCAUCACAUCUCUUGCAUCCUAUAUUGACACAAGGUCAAGAAAUUGGAGAACCAAGCAUGACCUCCCCGAUGAAUGUUUUUCUUAGUUAUUGCGAUGAAAUUGAAGAUGAUGAGACUCCUUCUAGGAUGCUAAUGAGCUAUCAUGUCCCAACAAUGCCCAAGCUAAAUUACAAUAACGAUCAAAUGGUUACACCAAUAGAAGAAAAUAUAACAACCAAUGCAAACGCUAGUUUUAGACUGUUUGGAGUCUCUCUUGCCACUUCUUCAGUGAUUAAAGAUCUCAUUGAACCAAUGGAAUCAUAUCCAAAAUCUGAGAUUUCUAAACUUUCUCAAGAGAAAAAGCUUGGUCUAGGCCAAACUAUACCAUCUCCAAGAGAAAUCCAAAGCAAGCAGUUCAGUUCUACUAGGAGUUGUACCAAAGUUCAAAUGCAAGGUGUACCAGUAGGAAGAGCUCUCGAUUUAAAUGUUCUUAAUGGAUAUGAUCACCUAAUAAUAGAAUUGGAGAAACUCUUUGAUCUCAACGGUCAGUUGCAAACCCGCAACCAAUGGAAAAUAGCUUUCAAAGACAAUGAAGGAAAUGAGAAGCUUGUUGGAGACAAUCCAUGGCCGUAAGUUUCCUUUCUCUUUCUAUUCAUCGAAGAUUAGUUAAAAUCUUGAGAGAUAAUAUUUCAUUUUGGAUGUUGUGUGCAUGUAGUGAAUUUUGCAGCAUGGUGAAGAAGAUAUUCAUAUAUCCAAAAUAGAAGGUCAAAAACUUA